AUGGCGACGGCACCGACAGUCUCAGAAGCGGAUGUCAUCUUGCCGCCUCCUACUGCAUUAAAUCCCAUUCCGGAGCUUUCAGCUGCUUUGCGAUUAGACAAUCAAGAGCAAUUGAUAGAGCUGUUGCAAAGGAAUCCAACUCCAGCUGCUCCGUUUGGAGGCGCUGACUUUCGCCAGCUCCUCAUUUUUGGGUCCUCCAGUUUGAGAACGCUGCUUCUGAGGCAAGUCUUAAAUGAUCCGCAUAAACGCCGAUCAAAGGAGAAGCAAACAAAAAAGAACUGGGACAAUGUCAAUACGUAUCAGUAUCCAAAAUCACUGCAGGGCAGCAUUGCCGGGACAAGGCUUUUGGAACAGACCUCUCUUGCCUCCUCGCCGUCCUUUUCCGUCGCAACUGGCUUGGAUGGGGCUGCUGAAGUAUCUUUCAAAGAUCAAGAAGACGACGAGUUUCAACAUGUGGACGUGCUUACCUACUUUGUUCGUCCAUGGGACAUUGGCCAAACUCAGGCAGUGACCCGCAAGAUCCAUAGCUGGAAGAAGAAGGUACAUCAUCGAAUAGUGUACAUUCCACAGCCAACUGCUUUAGUAAUGCAAAUAUUGCAAGAUUUGGGUCUUGCAGCUGCUCCGAAUGUGAGCAUCGCAUCCCUUCAAUUGGAUUUGUUCCCAAUUGAGACGGACGUUUACAGUUUGGAGUAUGAAUUGGCUGUGAAGGAUGAUUUGGUCGAGAAAACGCCGUCUACAAUGAUCACAACUUGUGCACGAGCCUUGCUGAAACUUCAGGAUAUCACCGGCAAAAUUCCCAGAAUUCAGUCCAUUGGAACAACGUCUGAGAAGGUGCUGGAUCGAUUUCUGAAUCAAUCAGUAGAUGAAUACCUUUCUUCGCCAGAACGCGAUCAAGAUGAAGAAGCCUCCACACCGUUGCCAAAUAGCCACAUCGCAAUGUUGUUUAUUGAUCGGAAGAUUGAUAUGGUCACCCCCAUGUUGACUCCAUUGACCUACGAAGGCUUGUUGGACGAGGUUGUAGGAAUUGAAACCGGAUUCAUACAAGUCGAUGUCAAUACAAUCAAUCCUGAGGACGAUGUGGAGAAAGAAGAUAAAAAGAAGUCGACAAACCCAUUCGGGCCUGUUUCGAAGAAAGCAGAGGUCGUUUCUCUCGGAGUCCAUGCUGGAGACUCUUUGUACGCCGAAGUCCGAGACCAACACGUUGAAAAGUUUGGCUCUUUCUUGCAAAACCAGGCAUUGGCAUUGCGAGAGAGCCACGCCAACUUUACAAACAAGGGGACCAAGAAAGAUCUUCAAGAAAUCCACCAGUUCGUAAAGCAGAUUCCAGUCUUUACCCAGAACUUGAGAAGUCUGACCAAUCACAUCCACUUGGCGGAACUCAUCAAGGCUGAGUCCGAACAAGUCAGUUUCCGAGAGCAGUGGCAAACAGAACGAAGCAUGAUUGAAGGUGAAGUCUGCAGUGAUAUUAUGGAGGAGUGGAUAUGCAGCCGAUAUCCACCUUGGAAGGUUCUUCGAAUGCUCUGUUUGCAGAGUCUUUGCACGGGUGGACUCAAAUCAAAUCGAUACGAUGCCUUCCGAUCUUUGAUUGUUGAGAGCUAUGGGUACGAAUUCUUGAUGAUGCUUCAUGAGCUGGAGAAGUCUGGAUUGAUUCGAAGAAAGGAAAACUUCUUCAUUGACAGCAACAGUUCUUCUUUUGCAAGCCUUCGAAAGUCCCUCAUUCUCAUCAAUGCCGAGGUGGACACCGUCGAACCCGAUGAUGUCUCCUAUGUCAGCUCUGGCUAUGCCCCACUGACAGUGCGUUUGGUCCAAUCGGCUGUCCAAGGAUGGUCGAAAAAGAAGGACAUUGUAGAGCAAUUGCCCGGGCGGAUCUUGGAUAUCCAGCAGUGCCAUCCACCAUUGGAUAUGAACUCAACACUGAAGACUCAAAAUCCUCCCGUAACCACGGAUAGUCUUGGUUCAUAUGCCAAAGCAGCACGCACCGAAACCAGCAAACCUGUUUUGUUUGUGGUGUUCUUGGGCGGAGUCACAUUUAUGGAGAUUGCCGCUCUUAGAUUCCUGUCGAAGCGACCCUCCUUCCCAUUUACCAUUAUUGUCAUUACUACGAAAAUCAUCAACGGAAGCACUCUUUUGCAGUCACUAGGAUAG